AAUGGCAGCCUCCAUGAAAAAAAACAGAAAAUGGAUUCGGACGAAGAAGAAUCGUUUAUUUGUCUCGGAAAUCCAUUGGAACAAAUUGAUGAAGAUGCACCUUUGAAGAAGCCAGUUUUUGUUGGAGACUUGACAGUAAAAGAUAAUAAAGGCAGACAGAGAUUCCAUGGAGCAUUUACUGGAGGAUUUUCUGCGGGAUAUUUUAACUCUGUUGGAUCUAAAGAUGGUUUUGCACCCUCAGAAUUUGUAUCUAGCAGAGAUAAAAAGUAUGAAUCCAUGCAACAAAAACCUGAAGAUUUUAUGGAUGAUGAGGAUUUCAAUGAACAUGGGAUAGCUCCAAGAAAACUGGUUACAUCAGAGAAAUUUUCUACAGAAGAAAGAAGAAAGAGACGUUAUGAUGAAGGACAGGCCUUAAUGACAGGAACUGUAUUUGAAGGGACAUCAGCUUUAACAGAUUAUAUUCUACCUGAAAAACUAAGUGUAGGAAUAAAGCUUUUAAAGAAGCUGGGAUGGAAACAAGGACAUGGAAUCGGCAGUAGGAAGAAACAAGAAAAAGGUAGUCAAACAGUACUUAAAUAACCAGAGCGAAAAAUCUAUGGAUGUUCCUUGCCAUCUCAGGCAGAAGAAAGGGAUUCUGAUGAAGAAGCAGAAUUUGGUCCUAAAGAUGUGACUCCAAUAUCAUUUGUUGCUAAGGACAAUGUCCAUGGUUUAGGAUACAGCGGUCUUAACCCAAGGUCAGCACUACCUGGAAGUCAUGUCAAUCUGUUUGAACCACCAGCAGUUACAAAAACUGGUCGAAAAGGAAUCAGGGGUCAGGCAUUUGGUGUCGGAGCUUUAGAGGAUGAAGAUGAUGAUAUAUAUACUAAGGAUCACAUGUCUAAUUACGAUAUGACCAUGGAGAUAGAGGACACAUCAAAUUUACAUGGAUGGACGGCUCCAAAACACAAACAUGAUUCUAAGCAUUUAGCAAUUGGUUAUAUUGGGAAAGUUCUAGAGGGAUUUAAGUUGACAGAUAAACCUCUUCAUCAAAGAAAAUCUUUUCCUCCUCCUGAAUUACCCAGACACUUCAGACCUAUCCAUGUUUUCCAGAAGACCACAGAUACAGAACCUGAAAGUAUUAUGAAACAGAAGGAGCAGACGUCCAUAACCAGAAGCAUUGCAUUAGGGGAAGUUCGAUCUGUUUUUGAUUUGGUUUCAUCUAAGGAUAAAGACAAAAUGGAAAGAGCUAGGAAGGGAACUGAACUUUCUGUUGUACAGCCUUCAGACAAAAACCUGAUAUCCAUUCCUGGUGGUCAGCAAUCAUUUAAAGCAUCAUCAGUGAGUUCCUCUACAGAACUACAGUUGGUUCCAGUCCAUACAGGUAUUACUGAACAGUCACAACAGGAACAACCAGGAACUGAUCAACCUAAAACCAGUGCACCAGUGUUCCCAGGAGGAAGUUUAUCCUUUAAACCAUUUAUCAAAGAUGAAAGAAAACAAGCUAGAUAUGAGAAAUAUCUGGUACUUGUGAAACAGGGAAUGAAAGAUGCUUAUAAUGAAGUAACAGAAGGGCAUAUGACAGAAUGGGAAAGAGAAAGAGAGAAAGAAGAAUUUAUAAAGGCAGCAAAGAUGUACAAACCUUUAGCAGGGAUGAUAGCAUCCAGGUUUACAAGGGCAAAGUUUGAUGAUACUGUUGAAACCGUAGAUGUUCCUGCAGAAGAAGGGGGGGACAAGGAUGAUAGAGUUAAAGCUGCAGAAAUGAAGAUGUAUGGUAGAUUGACGAGGGAUGAAUAUAAAUGGUAUCCACAUAAACUGUUGUGUCGAAAAUUUAAUGUGCCUGAUCCUUACCCAGGGUCUGGUAUAGUUGGUUUACCUACAGUAAAGAAAGAUAAAUUCUCUGUGUUCAACUUCCUUACAUUCCAGCCAGAUGAAAUGAGUGAACCUGAAAACUCUGGUAGCAGAGAUAAUGAUAAUCAGACAUCUUCAUCAUCUAUAAAUGAUAAAAUAGAAUCUGCAAGCUCACAAGAUAAAACUUCCAAUUCACAGGACAAAUCAAUUUUUUCGAAGCCUGUAUCUAUAUUUAGUCAUCUUUCUGCGCCAGAAAAACCAAAGCAGCAAACACAACCAGCAAGUAAAAAUGAAAGGACAUCGGAAAAGCCUAAAUCUAUCUUUAGUCAUCUUGUGGAAGAAACAAAAGACAAAUUUGAAGGUUUACACAAAGAUGCUCAAAUUGACAAACCAGAUCAGGGAAAUGAUGAAAAACAGGCCGUUGCUGAAGGAGAGAAAACAGAUGAAGGGAAACCAUCAUUGGAUUUAUUUUCUGCUAUAUUUGGAAACACAGAUUCUGAGGAUUCUGAGAAUGAGGAGUUAGAAGAUAAAACACCAGAUGAGACUCUUAAAACUUCUAUAAUCUCAAAACAGGAUAUGGAAAUUAAACCCAAAGAAACCUCAGAUGGUCCAGAAUAUUUACCAGGAGGUCCAGUUGUUUUUGAAACCUUACAAGAUAGACUUUCGCCCAAAGUGCCAGAGGAACCAUUUAGUUAUGGUCCUUUACCACCAUCUUCAUCUGCUGCGUCUACCAGUAUUCCUGUAUCUACCAGUUUUGUAAGCAGUGCCGAUUAUUUAGCACCAACAGGUCAAAGAAAGCAUGGUACAGGAGAUUUUGUUGACCCAUCCCUACUGCCUGAUAGAAGUAAACACACAGGGGAUAAAAAUGACCACAGAAAGCAUAAACGAUCCAAAUCUAAACAUAAAAAAGAGAAAAAGUCUAAAAGUAAAAAGUCAAAACACAAGAAGAAAGAUAAAAAAAAGAAAAAGAGAUAUUCUGACAGUGAUGAUACAGAGGAGAGCAGCUGUGAAGAAGAUCUACCUACAGAUAAGGAAUUAUUACACAAAUUGAGGAGUUUGCCUAAAGGGAAAUAUUCACUGUAGAGAUAACAACUUGACAAGUGGGAUCUAGUUCAUUGCUCAUCUGUGAUAGAAAAAGACACAAACAAAUUUCAUGUUCAGCUACUACAGGAUAUUUUGUAACAACAGACAUUAAAAGCAGUUAUAAUA